AGCGAGGGGACCUGCUCGCUGCCACAUCCUGACAGCAUCCUUUUCUCUUUGAUUCUCUAUUAUCCUCACCAAAACAUAACGGGAUGACGGAAAAUCACGAGGAGAGCAUCUUUGCACUCACCAAACAUUAUCUUGCGUUACGUUAGCCGUUGGUGUUAGCGUAAUGCUAACAAACAUGAGGCUUUUCCCCAACGGUGAAGAGCAGACAUAAUAGCCUGUCUGUGGGAACGAAAAGAAUAGAGUUAUCCUUAGCAGAGCGAGCUGGGCUGAGCCUCUUGUGCUUUUAUUAUUUUUUUAAAUUUUUUUCAACAAUUUUUUUUGGCAAGGAAAUUCACACUGGAGGCUUUUUACACUCCGAUUUGUAUGUGUAUUUUUUUUUUUUUUUUUCAUUGGCUGAUGUGGUGAAUAAAUCCAGCGGUGCUCCAGCAAAAAGAAGAUGCACAGAUAGAAGUGUUCGCCUGACAACAUUAAGGUGCCUGAGACUUUCUUGUUAAAGACCACCAGCCUGCAAACUCUGCAAGUCUGACUAAGAGGAAGUCACCUCCACUGAAACGUCAGCUGACCCGGUGCUCUCGUCACUGAUGAAUGUAUGCUGCCGCCACCGUUGAUGGAAAGUUUUGUGUCUCUGGAUGGAUCAGACUUGCUUUUAACACUGGGAUACCAUAUCACUGACAUAUGACUUCAUGUCUGUAUCUCUGCUCUGCGUUGGUAUGUCUUAGAUGACAUUACAUAUAGCAUUAGUACUUGUUUAAAUACCUACAGUGAAGACUAUUAACAAGUGCUCAAGGUCCUUGUAUCUCACUGUGGGGUCAAGGCUCAUAAUUUCAGUGCUUUUGUCAUGCAGGCAUUCUGUGGACACACCACAAAUAAGCUGGUGUCGCAGACUGUGGGAACCCUACAUAACGGCAUAGCGCCAAUGACCCCAUGACCCCUGCAGAAGUUAGAUAGUUGUGUGUCAGCCAAUCGCAUGUCCUUGUCAGAGAUCUAACAGCAGCUCCUAUUGCCCUCAUGGCUGUCAGGAUGAGCGCAUGCCCGUAGCCACACCACGCCAGCGUUGUCGCGGCUGGCCGUCGCGGGACGGUCAUUUUCCUCGGCCAUGACCCGGCUGAUGUUGGGCCGGACCCUGGAGCGCAUUUGUAAAGGUGUCCUGCUGCUCUGCCUGCUCCACUUCCUCAUCAUGAUGAUACUGUACUUUGACGUCUACUCUCAGCGCUUUGACCUCUUCAGCCGCUUCAACAACGGCCGCAACGGAUCCAGGAAUAACAUUAGCGGAGCAGCAGGAAGCGGACAUCAUUAUUACUAUUAUAACCUCUCCAGGCCAAAUGCAACGUUAGCCAGCUACCUGGCCACAGGUGAGCAGCUGGUGCUGAGUAUCCAGCCUGAGACCAAUCAGACGCCUUCCCCGAAGCCGCUGCCGCCGUGCCCCGAGAGCCCGCCAGGCCUGGUGGGACGUUUGUUGAUUGAGUUCAGUUCCCAGAUGACGAUGGAGCGAGUGCAGAAGGAAAACCCCAACGUGACAGAGGGAGGUCGCUACACGCCCCCCGACUGUCGGCCAAGAUGGAAGGUGGCCAUUAUCAUCCCUUUCCGUCACAGAGAAAACCACCUAAAGUACUGGCUCCAUUACCUCCACCCUAUCCUCAGACGGCAGAGGAUUGACUACGGCAUCUACAUCAUCAAUCAGCUGGGUGAGGACACCUUCAACCGUGCCAAAUUGUUGAAUGUUGGCUACACCGAGGCGCUGAAGGACGCGGAGUACGACUGCUUCAUCUUCAGCGACGUGGACCUGAUCCCAAUGGACGACCGGAACCUCUACCACUGCUACGACCAGCCGAGACACUUCGCCAUCGCCAUGGACAAGUUUGGCUUCAGGCUGCCCUAUGCAGGAUACUUUGGUGGAGUUUCCGGCCUCAGUAAAAAACAGUUCCUUAAGAUCAACGGCUUCCCCAAUGAGUACUGGGGUUGGGGAGGAGAGGAUGAUGACAUCUACAACCGGAUCACUCUGAAUGGGAUGAAGGUGUCCAGGCCAGACGUCCGCAUCGGCCGCUACAGAAUGAUUAAACACGAGCGGGACAAACACAACGAGCCCAACCCACAGAGAUUUAACAAAAUCCAGAACACAAAGAAUACAAUGAAGAAGGACGGCAUCAGCUCUCUGACCUACAAGCUGGUUCAGGUUAAAAGGUACCCGCUCUACACGAAUAUAUCAGUGGAGAUCGGCAAACCACCGCCACGGCCUAUAAAGGGUUAGAGGGAAACGCAGAGGAAGAUGAAGGGAGCGACGCACACUGACGGAGCUCUGCGAGGAGGGAGAAGGAGACGGAGGAGAGGGCACUUUAAAAAGAAGACAUAUCCUACACACGUGCACAUCUGAUGUAGGACUGGACGGGAGGAGUGUAAAGCACAUCAUCGCCUCUCUUUCUCUUUCCCUCGUAACUCCUAUCCCUCAUCUGUUCAGAUUUCUGCUCGCUGCAGUAGUUCUGUAAUCAGGACUCUUUUUAGCCGUUGAUUUCCAGCCGCCAGUGGCAGACCUCAUGCCUCCUGUUUCUUCAAAAUCAGUGAAGGACUUUGGAGUGUGGCGUUCCAUUUGGAGUCUGUCCACUAAGUAUCGUUUUUAAAACUGGAGGGCAUCCAAUUGCGUACCAACGGAGGAUAUGAACGGGAACUAUUGUCAGAUGAUUAGAAAUGAGACAAUGAGUUCGUUUGAAACUUUGGAAAGUUUUCAUGGCCGUGGUCUGAAAUACUGGACUGCAUUCAAAAGGAUUUUUUUUUUUUUUGGGGGGGGUAUUUAACAGCCGAGAUUAUGAAAGAGAUGGCAAAUUUUCCGACUGGAACUGUGAAAUAAAGGCUUUUAACAUGAGAACUAAGCCAACUUGAGCAGAUGGUUAAUACUAUAUGUAUUAGCUGCUGUUUAAAGGAGCUGGUGGAUACUAAAGGAAGUCACUAUCCAAACAUUUACAGUGAGAAACAUAAGGAUUGCAACAUGUAAUGGAAGAAACUUGACUUUGACAUAAUAGUAUGGCAUGCAGUGAUGGACCAUAGAAUUGUAUUUGAUGGUUUUCAUAUCAGUGACAAUGACACUGGGCCAUUCACGCUGAAGUUUUUGGAUCUAAUUACUCAACCUAAUCCUCCACUAUCAAUUAAUGAAUGUGUAUUGUGCCUGCGUCCACUGCAGAAGACUCAACUGUGCUGAAAAACACGUGUUUGAUCAUCUUUAGCAGCAUCAAACAGCUGAGAACUCUGUUUUGUUCUCUUUUUCUAUAUAUACAUAUACAUAUAAACUAAAUCUUUGGAGUGACGGAAAGUUUUGCAACAGAAGCGAACGUACUGAAGAUAUGAAGUUUUCUCAUGUGCUGAAUGCAGUGUUGUCGAACUACCUUGGGAACGCAUUUGAAAUCAAAUGAUAAAAAACUGAAGACAAUAGGCCAGAUAUAUACUGACAGCUCCGUUAUGAUUUUAACCCCAGGUGGCACAUAUUGGAGAUUAGAUUUCUGGAAACUUUGAGCUUUUCAUUCUAGCGGAAUAGAGAAAGUUUCAUUUUUAUUAUGUACAUUAAAAAGGUACAUUUCUGACUCGAGGUACAAACAAUUCAGAUUAAACCACAGAGCAACAGAUCUGAUCAAGUAAAUAUGUGUUUGUAUAAGCAUCACCUUGUGCGUAAAUAGUAUUUCUGAACAUAUACAGGACACAAAGGGGUAAAUAUUUGAAAUAAGCUGUCAGUAUAGAUUCGUGGCUUAUGCUUUAAAGGUAAACUCACUGGAAAAAAGAAAAGAAUAAAUCUGGGAUUUAAACACUGGCUCCACAGAAGAGACAAGGUGACGAGUAAUGAUUUCUGAAGGUCAUUUUUUUUAGCCUGUGAUAUAUCCUAGAAGUCUGACUUUAGAAGAAAAACAUAGUUCAUUACAACUAUCUGUACUGUUUUCAUAACGUUUUUUCGCUAUCUUAUUCUUUCGAUGUUCAAAAAAAAAGGACUAUCAUCUCCAGGUGAAGGAAAUAAUACAGGAGAACUCCUCAGGUGGAGAUUGUGAUUUUUAAGACGUAUCACUGAACAUUUUGACUAGCGUUUUCAUCAGCCGUCGCGCUAUCCGACUGCAGACGCGCUAAGCUUAAUGACAUUCACAAUCACAUUUUUCAUGUUUCUUAAAAAAAAAAAAAAACUGUCGUCGUCUUAUGAGUUACGUAACUCCCCAUCUGUGUCAAACAAAAA